GUGGUGCAAGUUCGACCUAACACAACCUACAUGACCAUCACGUACAUCUUGGUACCGUGUUGAUAUUUGGUGUCGCUCUUAUGGUUCUCUACUGGUAUUACCACCGCCAUAAAAUGUCCUACUUCAAUGAGGUGCCUACUAUGGAGCCUCAUCCUCUGCCCCCACCGAGCCCCACACUUGGCACACGCCCUAUCCAACUCAUUGAGAUAAAAGCACGUGGAAGGUUUGGAGCUGUGUGGAAGGCCCAGUACAAGAACGAACUUGUUGCUGUGAAAAUACUCUCAAUUCAGGACAAGCCAUCCUGGUUGGCCGAGCAGGAGAUAUUCAAGUUGCCCCAUAUGAACCAUGAAAACAUUCUCCGUUACAUCGGAGUAGAGAAGCGAGGAGAGAACUUGCAAGCAGAGUUGUGGCUCAUCACUGGCUUCCACGAGAAAGGCUCACUAUGUGACUACCUCAAAGCAAAUAUAAUCACUUGGUCACAACUGGUGCACAUCGCCCAUUCUAUGGCCAGAGGUUUGAUGCAUCUUCAUGAAGAAAUCCCUGCUACAAAAGUAGAAAUGUACAAACCAGCAGUGGCUCAUCGCGACUUCAAGAGCAAAAAUGUUCUUCUGAAGAGCGAUUUGACUGCUUGUAUCGGAGACUUUGGUUUGGCUCUUGUUUUCCAACCUGGCAAACCAUGUGGUGACACCCAUGGACAGGUGGGCACCAGAAGGUACAUGGCCCCAGAGGUGUUAGAAGGAGCCAUCAACUUUUCCAGGGAUGCUUUCCUCCGCAUCGACAUGUACGCAUGUGGUCUCGUCCUGUGGGAGCUGGCUUCAAGGUGUACAGCUCAAGAGGGCCCCAUCGGAGAGUACCAACUUCCAUUUGAGAGUGAAGUAGGGCAGCAUCCUUCACUGGAGGAUAUGCAAGAAUGUGUUGUUCACAAGAAACUGAGACCAGAGUUGAGAUCCACAUGGAAAUCACAUCCGGGUCUAGGCGCCCUUUGUGAUACUAUGGAAGAAUGUUGGGAUCAUGAUGCUGAGGCUCGACUAUCUGCGUCUUGUGUCAUGGAGAGGAUCGCUUGUCAAUCUAGACUUCUGCAGCCCUCCCUACAUUCCCCUGCAUAAGAAAGCGACAAAUACAACAGAGUUCAAACUUGUGCCAAAUUGGACCGACAGAGACUGUAUCUGUGUUGUGUGCGUACUGAUCGGACGUUUAUAUUAUUUUUAAGGAUCAGAGUUUUAUUUUUAAGUAUGUAAUAUAAAUAAGAUAAGUUUAUUUUUUACAUAGGUUAGGUUGGUUCAUAUGUGAUUGUUAAUUUGUUUUUUUCCGUUGUAUUCUGUCUUACAACAGAAAAUCUGCGUACAUCGAAACUGUAGGCCACUGUAAAACAGUUGGAAACAGUAGAUCACUAUAUAUUUAUAAUAUUUGAAUGACGAUGUUUUGCACUUUUAUAAAGAUUAACAGUUGAAAUCUAAAUUUGAUUUACUCAAUAUUAAUGGGAAAUUAAAGUACAUUUGAAAUUUACACGUGGUUGACCUUUAACCUUGCUAUUUGUGUCUAUUGCUUGGACCAGUUGAUGGUUUGGAAAAUUACCCACUUCUUGAUAUAUAAAUUUAAUGUAAUGUGCCCAAGUGGGGUUUGGAAAGAACAUCAUGCUGCAAAAUAAUUCCAGCAUUUUGAGCGAUGAUUUCUUUGGUAAUUCAAAUUAUUGAGUUUUGAUUUGUAUAGUAGGGUAUUUAUGAUUGUGAAAGGUAACAACAGUCUAUGACUUAUUUCACCAACUGGUUCUCCUUAAAAAAAAAUUAUCGGGUUAAUCUUAAUAAAUAAUUAACAACAUUACGCUAUCUCUUUGAGUAAUUUUGAUUAACAAUUGGAUUUGAUUCGACGAAUGUAACGGAAAAGAACAGCUGAAUUUUAUAGUUGACUCAAGGUAGUGUAGCAUUUUUUAUGUAAAAAGAAAUUAGGUUAGCCGGUUGAUUCGUAACUUAGUUCAUAGGAAAGCCCCUGAAAAUGUUGACUAAAUCAGGUUUGUAUUUAUGUAUUUUUAUCAAUCACAUCAGAACAAGUAUUAUUCAUUAUUAAUCUGAUAGUGAGUUUAAUCUUGACUUGUUUACAGUUGUCAAUCCGAUGUGUAGGUUAAGUGAGAACACUGCCUGGUAUGUUUUUGUAUGACAAAUAUAAAUAGCCGAAAUAUUUCUAUUAAUUUUCUUUGUAAAUAUGUUUUAUCGCGUGGAAUAGCUCUUUUCAGUUCUUAGUUUAAUUGUUUACCCAAUCUUAAAGAAAUGUUUUCAGAGAAAGAAAAGGACGAAGUGUUAGGAUUAUAGGAACAAGUAAUUUAUGAAAGUCAUAUCGCUGUUCUCGUUCUCUGAGGUUGUAUAUUUUCAGCACCAUAUCAGAUCAGACAUAUUCAGAAAUGAAAGCCUGAUGGAUUUUUAACUGAGGGGAAUUGUUUGAACAAGUCCAAAGAAAAACCAAUGAUAUUGUGUGUAAAAUAUGCCUCAGCGUGUUUUAAGGGGUCAAAAAUUGUAACUCACUUCAGAGUGACGCGUCUUUUUUUUAAAUGACUACCAGUGAUUUCAUAAUCUAAACUUUAAAUGAUUCAUAAACUAGAAACUUAAAAUGGUCUUGAAAACAUAGUAUCCUUUUUUUGUUAUAGGCCAUGUAUUUAGUUUGAAAUCUGUAUAAUCCAAAACUAAAUAAUAAACAUUAUUAUCUAAAUAAUAGUGUCAAAAGUGUUUUGGGUUAUAUUCUGCUUUCAAAUUCUGAGUCAUGGCAUGGGCAACAUUUUAGUUUUUAAAUAGCUCUAAAUAAUUACAAGAUUGAUAUUACAUUGUUGGCAACUAAAAUUGUUAAAAUAGUUUCUACUGUGCCAUAUCACCUUGCGGUUGUAUUUCCUGUCAAUGAUAUUAUUUUUUCAGCUGUUUAACUUUAAGUAGGCAUACUUACUGGACUUGAAUGGUGUGGUUGCUUGUUUGAGAGUGUUGAAAUUUGGUAAUAUGUUUAAAAUACUUAAUACCUUACUGAAGAAAAUAUUUUGGAUAGGAAAUUAAAUUUAAAAUAAAUGGUUGUCGUUGACUUGUUGGUUGUAAAAUGUGGCUCCAAGAGUAAAAUAUAUAUAUUUCUGUAUUUGAAAAAAUAAAAAAAUAUUUUAUGGAGAGUGUCUAGUUAUGAAAAAAUUGUUGUCUCACUGGUCUAUAUAUUCUUCUCCAUCUAAAAAAUUGGUUUUGUGGUUGCUAAACACAAGUUUAUAUUCUCGACUAUUCACUUUUAAAAAAUUAAUAAAAUAGCUGUCAUAUAUAGUUUUUAUUACUGAUUAAAUUAAUGAUUUUGAAAGUACAUGUAUGUUAUAUUUAUAGUUACUAGCUCUUUAUUUAUCGUGUAUUUAAGAAUUCAUCUAUUAGUGACAUUUUGUAUAGUAGCUUGGAGAAGAUUUUAGAUCCACUUGAUUCACAAUUUAUUCACCCAAUGUUGGUGUCUUAGAUUAGGUAUUGGUUGGUGUUGUGUGAAAGAGUUGGGCAUUUUCUUGUUUUGUACUUAAAUUCUUGCAUAUUCCACCAGUAAUCAUUGGAAAUACAUGUUAAAAUGUAUCAAGAUUUAUAAAAAAAAUUUUAACAAAAAUUUUAAUCUCUAGUAGUUUUGGGAGUAAAUCUAAAUCUGUUCAAAAUACAUGGGGGGAGGAGGUUUGGGUGGACCGAUGCUUUAAGUUGUCAAAGGAGGUAACUGAGGUGAAUUUGAUCAUGAUUAAAUGUAUGAGAUAUAAAAAUCAAGACAAGAAAU